GAAAAAGACAAGAGCUUUUGGUUCCACCUAUACGAGCCGGAUCGCAGUCGCUACCAAAAGGUAGAACUCAGCGGAGACACCUUCACUCCCGACGUGGACGAUGUGGAGUGCCGAGUUGUCUCGUCGAAAAUGGUCUGCUUCAGAGAUAAGACCCGACUGCUUCAAUCUACCUUCCAAUGUCCGGAUGUCAGAUUUACAAAUAUUUACAAACAGGCGCGCGAGCCAAGACUUCAUGUGAAUUCAUUCGAUGUGAACGCAAGUGGCGAACUCGCGGUGUCCGCGGCCAGUGACGCGAGCGUGUUGUUGUGGGAAACAAAAACUGGUCAAAUCCGGCGCACAUUCAGCGGUCACGCAAGCGAAGUCUACUGUAGCAAGUUUUUCCCCUCGGGAUUGGUUGUUCUCACUGGCGGCAGUGACAUGCAGUUGAAGAUUUGGUGCGUGGUUUCAGGACAGUGCGCGGCGACCCUGCGACCGGGUCUGGGUGCGGCCGACUCCACCGGCUCCGCAGCCGAACCGGGCGGCCACCGCUCGGGCAUCGUCGAUGUCGAUUUUAUUGACCGCGGGAAAAACAUCGUCGCCAUCGAUCGCGGUGGCUGGCUACGGCUUUGGGAUGUGUCAACGCAGGUGGCUAUCUCGGCUAUGUCUGUUGUCCCCAAGUCACGUGGUGUAACCUCUUACGCCAACUGUUCAGCGGAUGACAGCCCCCAUUGUUGUGCCGUGAAAAGCCGUACUUGGGAUCCCACCAGCCUCGCCCAAGCUACGGCCCAGGAAGAAUCCUGUGGACAGUUCUGCACCCUCGAGACGACGUCGGCGAGGGCAACCGCUACCGGCGUAACCGACAAGCUUGUGGCCGUUGGUUCGGGUCGCGAUGGUCAACUCCUCAUCUACGACAUUAGCUCAGCCAGUUCGCGUGGCCGUGGACCCACGCUCCAACUCGCACUCCCCUGUGCCUCGGGCUCUGUUACUGCCUGUGCCUUCUCUCUCGCGCCGCCAGAACAAGCCUGCGGCGGCGUCUCCAGUGAGUUCGCCAUCGUCGGUGGAGGUUCGACAGGCGAGAUCGCCUGCUGGGAUCUCCGACAUACUAGUAAUCCUCUUCUGACUUACGAGGCUUACAAGUCUGGCGUUUGCGGUUUAAAGAUGCUCAACUUUCCCUCUCACUCGGUUGACGUUAACGGAAGCACCAAAAUUUCAGUACCUGCUUGCACCGGAUUAUUUGCUUCAUUUCGAGACGGCCGCGUUACUGUUCGUCAAUUGGCUAAAGAGAGUUCACCACUACAGAAUGAUUACGCCAAAUUGCUUGAGCUCACAGGUCCAGACGUCGAUGUAAUUCGUGGUCUGUGCGUGUUACCGACAGACCGUCCUUCCGGAACCUCUUCGGUGUGGACGGGUACCCACGGUGGACACUUUUUCCACUACCGUAGAGUCGCAAUACAUCAAUUGUUUGUAUGA